AUGCUGUUCAUCAUUUGGAAUUUCCAACGUUUAUUUUGCGAUUCAAAUACGGUGAGCACAUUCGCCGGUUACGAUCAUGAUUCGACACCAUCAACUAUGAAAUCAAUAAUCGUAACCGAUGAUACAAUGAAUGAUUCGGGUCUGUCGAAAUCGGUGAGCUCCAGUGAUUCUCAGAAAACAUCGUUCGGUGAUUUUCACUCCUGGGAUGAAGUUUUUGAACAUCUCAAACGUGAAAUGGCAUAUAUGCGUCAACGUGACGCGAAAAUUUUUGCCGACUUACAUUUUGUUGAACUGCAGCUGAGGAGCGUGAGGAAUCGAGCUUUGGCUGCUUCGAAAUCUGAUUAUGCAGUUAUGGCCAGUAGUAACAAUAAUAAUACUAUUCUGGAUAAGCGGCAAAUUAAACUUGGCGAAUUAGUCGAAAGUAUGCCAUUGUGA